AUGGACGGACGGCCGCGCCCCUCCCUCGGCGGCGCCGGGGGCCCCCUCUCCGCAGGGACUGUGCGGGGAGAGUGGCCUGGAGUGGAGCUCAGGGACGACUGUCGCUACUUCCCUCGCUCUCCCGUCCUGCACGCGCGUCCGGGGCGCGGCCUUCCCUGGGCGCAUGGAAGCAGGCGCGAGCAGCGAAGGCUCGAAGCUCGGCCAGGCGGCCGCGUAGGAGCCCGUGGGGUCCGCGCAGGGACGGCCUGGGCUGCGGGGAGCGCGGGGAGGGUGACCGGGCCCCCAAGGACGAGCUAUCGGAGGAAGAGCGUGGGAGGGACGGCCCUAGGCGCUCUCUCGCUAAUUGGUUCUCUCAUUCUCGGGCUCUCCUCACAGCAACUGCAAAGCUUUUUGGUUAAGAAGAUUAAGUGUGAACGCGACACUAAGUCUUUUCGUUUCAAACACGGAACGCGGCAGUUGCUGACAAGCCUUCACUGGAUCCUACUUAAGCCAAAGGAGCCUCCAGUUCUGUGCCCUGGAGGCUUGAACUCGUGCUCCUCCUGCCGCCACCUCGUACCUAGGGUGGUAAAGACUGUGCCACCGCUGCGACUUCCAAGUGGUGCUGUGUGGAACCUAGGGCUCACACUCUGCCAACCGAGCUAUGCUGGUCGCCAACCCUGAGCAGCUUUCGACAGACUUCAACUACUGAUCUCUGAGGUGUAACUUUCUCUCUUCCUCCAUUCCACCUUUCUCUUAGCCACAGAGUUUGCAGUUUGCCUGCUCGGCCAGUGCAAGUUAGUUGGUUUCAAACCCAGUCAAUCUGACAACCAAGAUUGGCCAUCAUAGCUGCCACCAUCGGUUUUGUUUUUAGCGUUUGACUGUUCUGGAAGGUUCAUGUCGUUGGAAUCAAGCACAGGGCCUCUUCUGUCCGCCUGUCCUCUUAGCGUCCUCUUUGAAAUCCAUGCACACUGCACGCUUGCGUACCCUUCUUGCAUUUUAUAUUGUCCAGUGAUAUUCCAUUGUCUGAUGCUCAUUUGGAUCACCCCCACUUUUUGACUGUUACAAAAAUGCUGCGAAUAUCGGCGGAAAAGCUCUAAUGUGGAUAUAUGUUUGGAUUUUUCAGGACUGGAAUGGCUAAGUCACAUCUUGAGAAACUGGCAAACCUCUUUUCAAACUGUCUGCAUCAUUUCACCACAGCAGCAUGCCAGGCUCUCCAUACUCUGGACGCUGACUGGAAUUGUGCGUCUUGACUUACAGCUGUCCUGUUGAAAACAUCAUGCCUUUGUUUUGCAUUUCUCUAGUAGCUGAAGAUGUGUGAGAGCACACACCUGAAACCCCGGAACUUGGGAAGUGGAGGCAGCAGGGAGGAGUUGAAGACCAGGCACCUGAGAGCCUAUCUUAGUUCUAUUGCUGUGAAGAGACCGUGACCAGGAUGAUUUGUAAAAUAAAGCACCUAAUUGGAAGCUUA